ACCUCGCCAAGGAGCAUAUUCUUACCUCAUUUCUACUUGCUCCAUUUCACCCUCCCGUCGUAUUCGAUGGGUGUCAGAGGCCUCGCCACUUUGGCCAAGAGCUAUCAAGCGGCCAUCUCAGAGGUCCUCGAGUUUCCUGUAGCUGCUGCUUCCUCCUCGCAGCGGAAGACGACGACACUGUCCAUCGAUGCAUGGGCCUGGGUCUUCGAGGUAUGGGCCAGCCACUUUGGGGAGUCCGUGCAAGGAGGCAAUUACGCGGAUCUCAUUGAAUUCGUCAAGGAUGCUGUCACAGCUUGGAGGGCGUGCUCUCUUGAGCCCGUCUUCAUCUGGGACGGACCAGUACCACUGAUCAAGCAAUCGCAAUAUCUAGACCGGCGAGCAAGCAUUGCAGCAGGCAACUCCGCCUUCAUGCGAUCAUCGCAAGCUUCUCGGUCGUCAAAGAGGUUUCAACUGGAGUCCUAUCCUUUCGUACCGCUCCUCGCCCAGGCUGUCAAGGCAGCUCUUGCCGACGAGGGCGUCACGUCUGUGAUAGCUCAGGCAGAGGCAGAUGGAGCGGUCGCAGAGCUGGCUGACGAAUCUGGAGGUCUAGCAGCUAGCCAGGAUUCUGACUUCUUCAUACUCUGCUCAAGAGGGUCGGGUAGAGGAAGAUAUACACAGAUUGACUCCUGGGAGUACAUGGUCGAGGACAAAGAGUCGUCAAAUGGGCAUUCGAGCGUAAUAGAGGCACCUAGCUCAGGGUCGGUAGGAGAUUCGGAUGGCUUCGAGGCGGUCACGAGCAAGCGAAGGAGGAACAGAUCAAAGGGUUCCAUAGACGCAUCUAGCAACCAGAGAGGCUCUGGUGCCCAGUCGCUACCGUAUCCGCCCGUGCGUGGUCCGGAGUCGGAAUCGAAGCUCAUUGGCGUAAAGCUGCGAGUCUUCUAUCCACAGAAGCUCGCGGCUCAAUUGCGGGUACCUGCUGCGCUCUUGCCCCUGCUAGGUGCGGUAGCCGGAAACGACUACACGACUGCGCUUCAGGACACGGUACUCUUUCGUCACCUCCAGACAGGGCCAGAGAGGAUCAAAGAGGCGGCUGAAGUCAUUCAGAGGGAGUGGAUACGGACGAUUGGAGGUCCGGGAGCCGGCAAGCAGGUCAAGCGGGCAACAGUAUCCUCUUCUCGCAGUCUUGAAGCUAGGCUGGCUGCCAAGAGCUUGAUGGGAGCAGUUCGUGAGAUGGACGACGAUGCCCGGAGCGAAUACUCCGACGCCUCCUCGGCUACUGCCACGCCUGCCCAAAUGGCAGCGUCGAACAGCAGUCUUUCAAACGCUCCGGCCCCGCCACUGGACCCUGUCCGAUAUCUGGUUGGCGCCGUGGUCUCAUCGCUUCUGGAGCGGGCAGACGUAGCGACGCACCGAUCUUUCUACGUCUCCGAGACCGACAAAGAAGCCUGUAUUGAGUCUAUUAUCGAGAGCAUGGCGGCAUACUCGCUGCUGACCAACGUGAGCGCUUCUCAACUUGAUGACCCGGCGGGAUUCUGGUCCCGCGUACUUCCGGGAGAGGAAAACAGAAGAGCCUUGCAGCGUUACCGCGAUGCCUUCGAGGCUGGCGCUUUCUCAGAGCAAAUGGUCUCUGCUAUGGCAUCUCGAAUGGUCGCUACGACUCUGGCACCAGAGGAUCCAGAUCAGAGAAGCAUUCACGUGGGAGCAACGAGAUCGAUUCGCAGAUGGAUCUACGCCAUCAUCUUCGGAGUGUGGGGCAUGGAUUGGGCAAGAGAAACCAUGGCAGACCCUACUGCAGAUUUGAACGGCAGUGAAGGCGAAGGAGAAGGUAGUAGAACAGCACCGACACCGUACCUCAGGUCGAACGGACCCUACAAAGCUGGGGAGCGGCCUGACGAUGUCAUCAGCGUCGACACCGAAUCCGAAAGCGAGAGUGAGGGCGAGAAUGUCGAGAGGGCAGGUCCUUCUGCUCCUGGCUCGGUCUUCAACGGCGAGGACGAUGAUGGAGACAGGGACACCUAUGCUCCACCCUUUGUCAAGCCUCCUCCAGCUGUCAAGGAGUUUGUGCGAAAAGGGGACCGCUUCGUCGGCGACUUGGUAGAAAUCGUCAAGCUGGCGGACCUCCUGGCUCAGGACGUCGAGAGUCUGCCGCCUGCUCUCGCGGAAGUGCACGCCCAGUACCUUGCAGCUCGUACAGAGGCAAAGCCUAGUCACGCUUCGGCACCGGAGCCUACCUCAGAUCCUUUGCCGGCCCUGGCCCCACUCCUCCCGUCUCGCACCAGGCUGGACGUCUACCGGCACGCUCUGCAGUCUGCUGGAGAGGCGAUGAAUACGGUGCCUCUGUCAGUGCUUCCUCUGGCUGCCUCGCUGAAGCACAUCAUUGGCACGUUGGCCGCAGAAGCAGGCGAGAGCAAGAAGCGGCUGAAUUGGACCCUGGUUGAGGUAACUUCAGCUGUCCUCGCUGGAUGUCAUGUUGCGGCAGUGCAUUCUGCGCGCCAGGGCAGAAGUGGUACCAAGACAGAGCUCCUGCCAAGAUCUUUCUGGGUGCAGCCGACAUCGCGAGCGAUUCAUGUGGCCUCGACCCUCCAGCUCACGUUGGAGACGGCCGACUCACUGGCAUCCGCACUCCUCCUCAACACGUCUCCGUCGCCCGGAGACGACAUUGCUCUGCCUCCUCCUCAUGUGCUCUUCGACGGCCCAAUCUUCCAUUUACUGGUAGCUAAUGAAGGCCGGAGGACGAAAGAGAUGAACAUUUCAGACGAGACACAGAACUUGGCAGAGCAGGUCUUGCAGGCUAUUCUAGCCAAUGGCGCGAAGGAGGACCUUGCGAUCAGCGCCGAAGAGCUCAAGAGGCUGAGGAAGGAGAACAAGAAGAAGGCCAAGGCCUCCGCUGAGAGCGAGCAGGGCGGGCUCCAUCCUGCUGCUGUCAGCAACGGCAAGAAAACCAAAAGCUCCACUCAGGGAUCUCAGAAUACUGGGAAGAGCGGCAAGAAUGCAUUCGAGCUAUUGAUGGGCUGAGACAGGGCUCCCUAGAGCUUCCUGUCUCGAGGGUAUAGAUGUAGUAUUGUAGACGUCCCGACUCAUUCCUGUACCGUAUCAUCCCAUACUUUCGAUACCAGCAUCUAGAUUUCCAGACAUACCCCUACCACCGCCUGAUCCUCGCAUGCCUCCAUCAUCCUCAUCUUCGCUUCCUCCAUCAGCGUCCAUCCCAUUAUCAAGGGUGUAUUCGCCUUCGAAGGCGGCAUCAUCGUCAGCUUGUCCUCUGCCUGGCUCU